AUGCUGCCCGGUUUCUCUGCAAACGGGGCGUCGAGUCCCCAGCCCAACAUGGCCUCGCCCGUGCCCCUUCUCCGCGCGCCUGUCCCCGGCGGCCGUGGCCCUCGCAAACCCGCCCUGGGCCUUUCCAUACCCGCGUCGCCGAACGCUCGACACGUCGUGAACGGCACAAGCGACGGGCAGCCCGGCAUGGGUCGCCCUAUGCCUCCCCGCCUGCAGCUGGCCACCCCCAUGGGCUCCAACACCACACCACAAGAGGGCGGCCGCCCACGAUUACAGCUCGCGACCCCCAUGGGCUCUAGCCGGACACCACAAGGACUGCCCCCGCUGCAGAUAUCCACCGGCCUCUCUGCAAACUCGAGCGACGCAAGCGCAAACUCGAGGUCUGGUAGCUUUGGCGAGAUGCAAGCAAAUGGAUCUGCAUCCUCCUACCAGAACGGCUCGGGCUUCUCUACGCUACAGGAACCCAACCAGGCCACCGACCCCAUCUCGGCCAUCUCACAAGGCGGGAGCGAGGGCGGCGCCGCCAUGCAAAGAGGAGCCAGCAGCCAACCCAUGCCCGACCUCGAGUCGCUGUCGUUGGAGAAAGGUCGGCCCCUGGACGUCGAGGACCUCGACGACAUGGGUUGGAGAGCAGCCAGCAACAAGGGCAUGAUCGAAGAGCUCGGCAGUCUUGGAGAGGGCGCCGGCGGUGCUGUGACCCGCUGCAAGCUCAAGGGCGGAAAGACCGUAUUUGCUUUGAAGAUCAUCACCACAAAUCCCGACCCGGACGUCAAGAAACAAAUUGUGCGUGAGCUGUCCUUCAACAAAAACUGCGCCAGUGACCACAUCUGCCGAUACUGGGGUGCCUUCGUUGACGACAGCUCGGGCACGAUAAGCAUCGCCAUGGAGUUCUGCGAAGGGGGAUCCCUCGAUGCAGUCUAUCGCGAAGUCAAAAAGCUCGGAGGCCGCACCGGUGAGAAGGUGCUGGGCAAGGUCUCAGAGGGUGUCCUGAACGGCCUGACCUACCUACACUCCCACCGCAUCAUCCACCGCGACAUCAAGCCAAGCAACAUCCUGCUUUGCAGAAAUGGGCAGGUCAAACUGUGCGAUUUCGGUGUGUCUGGUGAGUUCGGGACAAAGGGUGACGCCAAUACCUUCAUUGGCACCUCGUACUACAUGGCUCCCGAGCGAAUCACCGGACAGAGCUACACCAUCACCAGUGACGUGUGGAGCUUGGGUGUAACAUUGCUCGAAGUCGCACAACAUCGCUUCCCGUUCCCCGCAGAUGGCACAGAAAUGAAUCCCCGCGCCGGUCUCAUCGAUCUUCUCACCUACAUUGUUCGACAACCAAUUCCUACGCUCAAGGAUGAACCAGAGGCUGGCAUCAAGUGGUCGGAGAACUUCAAGUACUUCAUCGAAUGCUGCCUCGAGAAGGAAUGUCCUCGUCGAGCCACACCUUGGCGCAUGCUUGAGCACCCGUGGAUGGUGGAGAUGAAGUCCAAAAAGGUCAACAUGGCUCACUUCCUGAAGCAGGUAUGGGACUGGAAAGACUAA